AAUCUCUCAUUUUUCAAAUUCCAAAUUUUCUCAAAAUCGCUGCAUAAAAAUUCGAUACGUUCCCAGCAAUUUACCAUGGAUAAUUCGAAAGUUCAAGAGAUAUUGGAGAAGCAAUUAUUGACUGUGGCGAAGGCUGUGGAAGACAAGAUAGAUGAUGAGAUCUCGGCUAUAGAUCGGCUAGAUUCUGAUGAUUUGGAGGAGUUGAGGGAGCGGCGAUUGCAACAGAUGAAGAAAAUGGCGGAGAAACGUAGAAGCUGGAUCGCCCUUGGCCACGGCGAUUACUCUGAGAUCCCCAACGAAAAAGAAUUUUUCUCUGUUGUCAAAGCCAGUGAACGCGUUGUGUGCCAUUUUUACCGGGAAAAUUGGCCUUGCAAGGUCAUGGACAAGCAUCUGAGUAUAUUGGCAAAGCAGCACAUUGAGACGCGCUUUGUGAAAAUCAAUGCUGAGAAGAGUCUUUACUUGGCCGAGAAGCUCAAAAUUGUGGUUCUUCCUACCCUUGCCCUCAUAAAAAAUGCUAAAGUGGAUGAUUAUGUGGUUGGAUUUGACGAGCUUGGUGGAACAGACGAGUUCAGCACUGAGGAACUUGAGGAGAGGUUAGCAAAAUCCCAGGUUAUCGUUUAUGAGGGUGAAUCAUCGCUCAAUGCAUCCAAAUCUAAAGGCAAAACCAAGAGCGUCCGUCAAAGCUUAUACUCAUCAGACUCUGAAUAGACGUAGAGAGUGAUCUGUUGUAAUGUUACUUUUAGUCAUGCUGUGGAAGCAUUUGGCAGUAUUUUCUAUAUCAUAUAGAAUCUAGUGAUCUACCUUGAAUUUGAAGGGUAAAAACUUCCCCUGCAUUGUUUCACCUGUCUUUUAGGGGUAAUUUCAUAUCAUUUUUAUGUGUUUUUUCAAAUAGAAAGAUUGGAUUGUUGAAGAUAGAAUUGUACUUUUAGUUUGUUCUAAUUGGAUUCAUUUUCUCAAAA